AGCGACUAGUCGACAAGCAUGGCGAGUAGGUCGCUGUGUUCAGCCGGUGUGCUUGCAAAAUGCUUCAGUAUUUCUCAAACCAGAUGUAUUCUAGACACAAAACCCUUUUUCAGGGUCCUAGUUCCAACACAUUACCAACAGCAGCGCGGUGUCAGAAAGCGUCCACCAGAACCUUUUGCCAGGAAGCGCAGGGCCAGGAUACAGGACAGUGGACUGAGCCCAGCCAAUGAGAGCUUCCUCCAGGAGGUCAUAGCAAAUGAGGCGAGGAGCAAGGUGGAAGAGUUGGCCAAAAUGAAUUGUCCUCUUAAAGAUGGUCCAUGGGCAAGGGGGGAAUGGAGGAAGGGGUAAUUGUAAAAUGAAAAUUAUGUUUAUUUGUGAAAGAUUUUGUCUUGAUCAUUAUUAGUUUAGACUAAUGAUGACCACAUGAAGAGAAGUAGGACAUUUUCAGGUAUUGUGAGAGCACUUAUUUAUGUUGAUGUCAAAUGGCUGU